GCUCUGUGUAUUGGUGCCGGCAGUGGACCCGCGCCCUAGUUAAAUGGUGGCGGGCCGGAGGAGCACGCAGAGCGCGGAGGUCACUUUAGAGUAAAGAGCAGGCAGGAGUCACAGCGGAGAGACCGGAAAGGAAGUGGCGCCGCCGGGAGGGAGGAGGUCGCCGGUUUUAGGCUGGCCUUCGGAGAGUUUGAGCUUGCUGUCAAUCAUUACUAGGUAGCAUCACAUUUGGUUAUAAAGUAGAUCAUUUUCCCUUUCAAUUGGAAACUUGAUGUCUACAACACCCCAGAGCAAUUCGCAUGGCGCAGCUACAAACUUUGAAUUACUCAAGAAUUCAAUUCAGAAAGAGCAGGAUAACUUGCAGAAACUGACACAGGAGGUCAAGCAUCAUGAAGACAAUCUGAAAUUUCUCAAGUCUAAUGUGAACAUUAUCCAUGAGUCUAUCCAUCAUUUGCAAGGUGAGCUGAAGGAAUGUCAUUCAUCUGUUGUGGCUGUGGAAUCAAAUGGCAACAUCACUUUUAUAAACUCUGAGAAGCAGACACUUGAUCAUAUACAGCAAUUGGAUGAAACAGCUGCUGGCAUAAUUUGUCAGGUAAAAGAUCAACAUGGUUCAGUGGCAUCUACCCUACGGUGCACAAAGGAUAUAGUAGGAAUUGUUGCUUCACUUGGAAAAGUAAAAGAUGAGGAGCUUAGCAGAACAUUAUCUGAGUACUUGGGAUUGGACACCAUGUUGGCUAUUGUUUGCAAGACACUAGAAGGUGUUCAAGCCCUUGAACGAUAUGAGAAAGAUGGCUCCAUUGACAGGAAUACUGGUCUUCAUGGAAUUGCCCCAACAAUUGGAAGGACAAUGAAAGGUAGAUUUCAUGUUUUUUGCCUUCAAAGCUUCAGACCAUUUGUUGGUGAAUUUCUCUCCGACGAUCCACAGAAAAAGCUUGCAUUAAUGAAUCCAAGGCUACCAAAUGGGAAGCUCCCACCGGGAUUUUUAGGUUUUGCUGUGAACAUGAUCAGUUUGGAUGACAUACACUUAUCGUGUGUCACAGUUGAUGGUUAUGGACUAAGAGAGACAUUGUUUUUUAACUUAUUUUCUCGUCUACAAGUAUAUAAAAGUAGGGCUGAUAUGCUAUCUGCUCAGCCUUUCAUAACAGAUGGUGCAGUUUCCUUGGAUGGAGGGAUGAUCAGAGGCUGUGGUUUAUUUUGUCUUGGAGACAGGAAUGAAAUUAAGGUACAAUUUCCUUUGGUGGAUUCAAAACCAAGUAUACCUAGAGAAGUACUUGAAAUUGAGCAGCAGAUCAAGUUUAUGGAGUGGAAGAAGGAGAUGCUCUCUUCUGAUAUACAAAGGGAAGAGUCAUUAUUAAAUACCGUAAAAUGUUUGCUGAAAGCCAAGUCUGAUGGAUAUCGGAAGCUCAUCAACGACGAACUGCUGAAUAAGGGACGAAGCCCACCCCUAGGCCAAUCAACACAGGCUCUCUGAUACAAGUUGCAAGACGGCAAUAGUUUUUUUUUGGAUUUGGAGUUUCAAUCUUGCCCAUUUAUUAGAAGACUUGAUAAUUUCUGUAAUGCUGCCGGCUUCUAAUGGUCAUCUUAGCGGCUUCAUUCAUUACACUCUCGCCAAAGCAGAAUAACAAAUUUGGUGUUAGUUCACUGUGUAAAUGAUUUGCUCUGAAAUUUCUGCUAUUCUUUUUCCAAUCUAACUGACAAGAUGUUCUUCAAUGUAGAGAGAGGGAGCAAUUGUGCAUUAGUACUGUUUCUUCUUGCUAACCUUUGUAAUCUCUUAUUGACGAAAUGUAGUGAAUGUAAUAACCCCUUAACAUCUUUAAUGAGAUGGAACAAUUAAUCGUUAGUUCGACAAGAUAGAUCUAUGAAGUAAGCGUCUGUUAUGUUCCUCAGGUCUUUUUUUUGUGC